GCACGUUUGAAACUCUCCCAGGCUGCUUCUUCUUCCUCUUCGUUUCCAGGUCUCCAGCGCUCCCAGUUCGGUCAAAUUCAAGAUGGCGGAGAAUGUGGAAUUCCGCUUUUCAGCCAGUAGGCAAAACAAAGAGAAAGAAGAAAUAGUUCGCGAGGUUUUAGGCAUACAGCCUGUAAUUAUUGGAUCUUUCUUCACGCUGUUGAUCCUCAGCUGCCUGUUGUUCAGGUAUUUCAGUCUCUUAACAUGCUUAUGGGCAGUUCUAGUGGGAAGUAUUGUGGCAUAUGUUGUUAUAUGCCAUGUUCCACUAUUUCCCAGCCUCUUGUUUUUGUACAAACCUCGUAAAAAGCCUGGUGAUAACCAGAGUACAGCAUUAAAUAUUUGUUCUGUAUGUCAAAUGUUGAAAUGCCAAAGACACAGGUCAGAAAUAUCAAAUGUAGACUUAGAGCCUUGGAGAAAUCUUACAUUGAAUAAAGCAAUUGAUACUGCCAUUGAAGAGUUUUUAGAUCUACUUUUAGAAAAUUAUGUCUACCAUUGGUACAGGGAAAAAAUGAGUUCUGAUGAAAGAUUUGUAGAUGAACUUAGAACUACCUUAAGAUUCAUAUUUGCAGUGAUAUAUCGAAGAUUAAAAAAGAUUGAUAUCCCAACUCUGGUGCUGGAUAAGCUAAUCAAGAAUGCUUUACAACAUUUGGAUUCAUAUCUUAAAGUUAGAAGGAAAUUAAGGGAAAACCCUGACAGUGAUUUUAGAGACACAUCAUCUUUAGUUUUAGAAGAAUUAGGAGAGGAUAUGCACAUAGCUUUGCACAGUAGAUCAAGUGAAUUACAGUAUCAGAGACAAUUGGUGGAGUCGUUGCUACCAUUUUUACUUCCUUCACCUGCCAUGGGCUCCAGAAGUACUUGUGGGCUGUUUCGAGAGCUGUUGGUGUAUGCUGUUUUCACAACUGGGAUAGAUACCCUUGUUGAACCGGAUUUUGUAAAUCAGAUUCUACUUGUCAUACUAGAUGAAGAAUCUAUGGAAGAACCUUUAGACCCACAAACAGAUGAAGUGGAAGCGUUGGCAGAAUUUGCAAAGCCAAGAGGAAGAACACCUUUUCAUGCACUUCAUUCAACAAUGCCACAAAUUAUCAACACUCCAUCUGUUUUAUUUCGUUUUAUAAAAUUCAUGAAAAGUCAAGCAUCAUUGAAUAUUUUACAAUUUUGUCUAUCAUUAGAUGAUUUUAAUAAACGCAGCCUUGUUCCGGAUUUAACUGAAGAUGACAAAAAGGAAUUACUCAAGGAGGCAAAGAGUAUAUACAACAAAUAUUUUGUGAGGGGUGCACCAGAUUUUAUACCUUUUCAUCCAAGUAUUGUGGAUAGUCUUAAGAAAGUUGUACAGUCGACCUCAGACCAAAUAACAAAACCAGAAAUGGCAACCCCUCUUUACAAGGCUUAUGAACAUGCUUUUGAUCAACUGGAACACAUAUAUCUGCCAUUAUUUCAUCAAAGUGAUGAAUAUUUUAAUAUGAUUUGUGGUAAUAGAGACAGUGAGAAGCCAACGAUGAAACCAACUCCAAGGACUCAAAAAAAGAAAUUUGGUGAACCAAUUGGGAAGAAAUUAGUGAAAGGUUUUAAAGAUAAAUUAUCAUUGCCUAAAGCUCAAGAAGGACAUUUCAAAAUGAUUGAAGAUGAUCCGUUUGACAUUAUCAUUGAUGAAGCCUCGGAUGCGAUGCUUGAUCCUAUUGAUAUUGAUGAAGCCUUGGAAUUACCAGACACAAUGUUAACUGUACGUGAUAUGAGUGAUUGGAUUAUUUCAAUACCAAAAGUAGCUUUCAACCAUCAUGGCUCUAAAGAGAUGGUAUCGUAUAUAAUAUCUGUGUGUGAGUCAGAAUCGAAUGAAAAUAUGAACAGAUGGGACGUCAAGAGACAACACCACGAAUUUUACGUCUUGCACAGUAAGCUGAGGGAAUUUCAUGGGUAUUUUGGCGGGGCUGGUUUACCGUCAAAACGAAACUCAACUUUGUCAUCCAAACAGGCGACUGAGAUUUUCGAAAAAUAUCGCAAUUCAUUUAAACAAUAUUUGCAGGAUCUAGUUCGCAAUCCUUUGACCAGAGGAAGCGCGUUGUUGUUUCGUUUUUUGUCUCCUGAUAAGGAGUUCACAAACAUGUUCACACCAGACACUGUCGGUCAAGUGGCAGGAAAAAAACUAAAAUCUGUUGCGACAAAACUAAGAACGAAGAAGGAGAAAGGCCAAAAUCUUGAAACCUUCCUACAUUCAUUUUUGGCAUCUACAAAACCUCCAUCCGGUAGGAGCACUCCAGUUUCGGGUUCGCCCAACAUGCAGCGCAAAGAAUACCGCGGCCAGACAGCUCAAGGGACUGGUAAUAAGGAUGGCACUCCCGAUACGAAAGACAUCAGGAAGAAAUUUAAAAGAAAGACGUCAAAAGAAUCUCAAGAUGCAAACGUAAAGCCCAGUCCUAUUUUGCAAUUGAAUGGAGUAACAGAAUACAUUCUUUAUAUCGCCAUCCAUUUGUUCGAAGUCCCUGCUUGGUGCUUGAAUCUUCUGAUAUGCUUUCGAAUUGUUGGCCAGCGAACUUUUGAUGAUUUUGUAGACAGGUAUCUCGCGUACAAAAUACGUCUCGCGCUUCACGAGUAUCAUUUUGUGCCAGUUAUCCAGAUGUUCCGAGAUGCUGUGUUCUUUGAUAAUGACCCACCAAGAACUGAGACAGACAAAAUGGAAAGAAGAGACAAGACGUUGAGACAGCUUCUGGGAUUUUUUCCAACACCACUCGUGAAACUACUCGGCAAACAGAAAUACAACGAAGGUCUCACUGCCAUAUUUGAACUGCUACAAUAUGAACAACUGAACAAACAACUCGCUUAUACGUUGUUGGAUACAUUAAUAGUAGAGAUCUUUCCUGAGAUUGAACAGCAAAAUACAAAAGACGAAGAGGAGAAAUGACGUCUCGGUCCGUGAGUAAAUAAAUUAUUGAAUGUGGUGUUUAGCACUGGAUUGAUUUCGUAAAGAAGUUAUUACUUAGCUAGGUGAUAAAGUUAUGACUCCCGUGACGUGAGACGUGAGAAUCAACCUCUGAUGUUCAGAAUAAACAAUAAAUGAGUGUUUACUUGUUAAACAAAGAUAAUUGCAACAUUAUCAACCCAAAUAACAAAUAACUUAAAUACUGUCAGAUAGUGAACAAUAGAUGACAAUUGAUUCAAAUAAUUCAUAACUAUACGUAGUUAUCAAUAAAAAUGAUCAAAUUA